CAAUUUUGGAUCCACAUGCAACCCAACUACUCUUUUUUGAUAAAAUAUGGUAUGCCAAGUUGGAAACUUAUUCAGAGACUUCUUCCAAAACAAGGAUUCUGUAACCACAGUGGUACACAGAAAGUACAAGAAAAACAAAUUACGUUACAGCUCGCCAACUCCGAAGAAACCAAAGCUUUUUCCGUCGUAAGCUUUCUUUCCGAUCCUUACGUCCAACAACUGUUAGAACCUUAUGGUAAUGACUAUGUAAUCCAAGAAAGUGAAGUACCUGAAGAACUGAAGGAAGAAUGGAGCACUCAGUUAGAUACGCUAAGCAAAAAACUGGGUUCUUGUAAACUAGAAGGAAAGGAUAGAGUACAAUUGCGAGUGAAACUUAUUCGUAAGCUGCAAGAUGCAACAGGAAUUGUGUUGCCUAGUGAUGCAUAUCAUAAUCUUCGCAACAAAAAAGUAAUUGACGUAGUUGCGUGGUACGAGCGAAUCCACCGUGAGCAACUAUAUCACAACAGUAUGAUCGAAGACUAUAUCAGAAAGACUUUUCCAUCCAACGUUCGAUUGGAUCCUGUAUCGUAUAGGAAGUCUGAAAGGAGAAUGACCGACAGCAAAUAAAGGAAUGUGGAUAACUUUUCAUACA